UACGUAUAAUAAUGUCAGUUUAUUUUGACUUGACGAUUGACAUAAAAUAAAAACAAAAAACAGUUUUUCAAUAAUGUCUUUCACAAAAUUUUAAUGAAAUUACAAAUAAUAAAGUUUGUAAUAAGUAAUCACCUGGUCUAUGUGAUGACAGCAGGCUAUGAAGAGGCUUAUAUCCAGCAGAAGGUGGAGUUACAAGACACUUUCUUGCAUGGCGAGAAUCAGCAGUCACUUCAUAGUCCAAAAUAUAUUUUUUCAAUUUCAAGUAAAAGAAAAAAUGAGAACGCACAAAGCAAUGGUAUACUUGUAGACGAAAAAACCGAUGAGCAACAGGCUAGACAGGAAAAGGAACAAGCAGAAAACAUAGCAUCGAUGUUGAUGCGUAAUUAUGAUUCAAAACUGUACGAUGAAGAUGACAUGAAACGAGGACUAUCCGAGGAGGAUGCGUGGAAUUUUUAUUGGACCGAUAUGAGUGUUUCAGUAGAGAGAGCCAAAGAGAUGAAGAGGUUUCAACGCAUCAACCAUUUUCCGGGCAUGCUAGAAAUCUGCAGGAAGGAUUUGUUGGCACGAAAUCUAAAUAGAAUGCAAAAAAUAUACCCUAAAGAAUAUAAUUUUUUUCCGAAAACUUACGAUGAAGAUGACACUUCCCAUUUUGGUGAAGCACUAAACUAUAGUAAAUCUCGCAAGAACAAGACCUUUAUAAUCAAGCCGGAAUGUGGGAGUCAGGGUCGUGGUAUUUAUCUAACCAAAUCACUCAAAGAAAUUAAACCUACCGAUAAGCUUAUUUGCCAGGUCUACCUGUCCAAACCAUACUUAGUUGAUGGAUACAAGUUCGAUAUCAGAGUCUACACUCUAAUAACAUCAUGUGAUCCUCUUAGGAUAUUUGUUUAUAAUGAAGGCCUUGUAAGAUUUGCUACAAGCAGAUAUGCGGAUCCCAAUGUAAAUAACACAACCAACGUGUUCAUGCAUUUAACUAACUACGCACUAAACAAGCAUAGUCGUACGUACGUAUACGAUUCUGAAGCUGGCAGCAAACGAAAGAUAUCGACGCUGAACAAGAUCCUGCUGUCGCAAGGGGUUGACCUCGACCGGCUGUGGCACGGGAUCGACCAAGUGAUUGUGAAGACUAUCAUAUCCGCAUGGCCGAUACUGAAACAUAGUUACCAUGCGUGUUUCCCCUCGCACGAUAUGGUUCACGCAUGCUUCGAAAUACUCGGUUUCGAUAUACUGCUUGAUCAUAAGUUGCAACCCUAUAUAUUAGAGGUAAACCACUCACCGAGUUUUCACACCGACACGCAACUAGACCGCGAAGUGAAAGAAGCCUUAUUAACGGACACCUUUACUAUGCUAAACAUUUGGCAGUGCGACAAGAAGAGAGUACUAGAAGAGGACCGCAAGAGGAUACGAGAUAGGUUGCUACAAACUAACAAGUUUUCAGAAUUCACUCCAACAGAAGAAAAGGAGCCUGAAAAAAGUCCAUGGCAAACACAAAUACAAUGGGAGGAAACUCAUCUUGGCAACUUCAGGCGUGUAUAUCCAGUGGGUGAGCAAUAUGCAUCACUAUUCCAGCAACCUUCAGGAUCACUGUACACGGGCACGGCAUCUUCGCGAGCUCGCGGUGAUUGUACUCGCAUACAACGAGAGGAGUUUCAACAAACCAAAGCCAAAGCAGAAGCUUUGAAGAAACCAUCCCAGCCAAAGCAGGCGAAAGACGAGAAGAAACUUGGCGAGAAUACGAGUACGACAACGGGCGGUACUGCUGCGAUUGCUACGACAACAGAAAAAUUCGCUAAACCCAAGAUGCGUACUGAUAAGGAACUGAAACGAAAAGACAGGGACAAAGAAGAGAAGGAUAAAAAAGUUACCACUAAAUCUUCGUCCAUGCUACCCAGUCUACCAGAGCAAGAGGCGAAACCGGCAUAUGUAUUGUGCUCGUUUGAACCAGACCCCAUAGUGGAGAAGGAAGAACGAGAACGGGUCAACUUGUUGGCGCAGCGUGACUUCCUUAUAAGAAGCUACGGCAUGUUGGAACAGAUUUAUCUAAUCAUGAAAAAAAUGGGUACCCUAAGACCUGAAGACGAGCGAAAAUAUGGAGUCUAUGGGCGCCUUUCUAUUGUUUCUAAUCCUCCCAAGACCGUCAUAAAGAAAAGCAAAAAAUGUGACAAGCACAAACCAAACCACUUCGUAGAUCAUUUGGAUUAUGGACUACACGUGCAAUGUCGAGACGCAGUGAUCUACGAACGACCCGUUGGUGCAUGUGCCACUGAACUGGACAUCAUGGAGCGCACUACUAAGACGCAUAUUGUUCGCAUGGCCUACACAUGGAAGAUGAAUUCGUAA